AUGGACGACGCAGCAGAGGCUCCGAAUGCCACGCUAAAGGAGACUGGAAAUGCAACAGGAGAGCAGAAUGCAGACUCGGGAGAAGAAGAUCAGAUGCUCGACUGGUCAAAACUCGCUCCUAAGCCAUCAAAAGCAAGUAGGGCACUCCCAAAACGCGGGGAAAAGGCGUUUGAACCCAUUGCCGCUGGUCCUUCUGCCUACCAAAAGCACACACUCGAAAAGGCGAGAGAGGCCAUGUAUACCGCUCUAUCGGCACAAAGAGAGAUUCAGACAAAGCGUCUAAGCCAAGCAAUCUGGAUCCCUUCAUUAUACCGAGCGCACGUCGUGGACAGCCGUGGCGUCGUCUUUGUUUCCUUGGGGUCCUACGUGAGGAGACCCGAGACGCCACAUAAACGCCUCGAGUUGCUACCAGAGGAGAUACUCUACAUGGUCGAGCGUGGUUCAAUGCUCUGUUGGAAGGAAUCAGCUGCUCUUGCUGCGUCAACCUAUGAGAAGGACGGAGAUGAUCAGAUUCAACUCAUCGGCGAGCCCAUGAGUGCCCAGCAGUGCUUCACGGAAAUGCUUGGAAAGGGCCGAGUCUCGAUGGAGCAAUACCAGGUCUAUGCCUACCUCAAGCGCUUUGGAUACACUGUCCGUCGAGCGCAACCACUGCCAGAGUCAGAAUAUGUGGUUUUUCAACACCCUCUGCAAAAGGUAUCUUUAUGGCAAAGGAUAUCACUGCGUAUCUCGACACUUUUGGCGCUCAUUUCUCGGUUCCUUUCUGGAGACUGGUGGACCAGAUUUCAUCCUGGCAUAAUGAGUAGCUUGCACAAGGAUGCUCACUAUCCGUCCAUUUUCAAUCGCCUACGCAUUCGUCCUCAUCCUGGCCCUGUACAUCAAGUAACGAAAACCUCACCAUAUCAAGUAUUUUUCCAUGUAUGGAAACCCGAAACGGCAUGGAAUAGGACGCAACCUACAAGACCCGACUUCGAAAUCGUCGUCGUCAACGCAAGAACGACUUCAUUUCCAACCAUAUUUGAUCUGACUGCCCUCUACGACGAACUUCCUACAGUGCCACCGCUGUUGAACAACGCACCGAUCAGACGUCACGCUACACAACGCUGGAGCUUUGGGGUAUUCUCGUCGCUUCGAAGUUAUUUGUGGCCCACAGUUGACAAGCGGGUCAACGUGUUCGGUACACUCAAAGCUGGCAAAAACACGGUGAUUCUUGCUGUAGUUGACGCGGGUACUAUGAGUAUGUAUCGUUUCAAUCAGGGUUGCUUCGAAGAUUGGCCAAUGAUUUGA